AUGGCACAGACGGCUAGCAUCGUCGUUGCGGGCGCGUCAAUGGCAGCACUCGUGUCGCAACCUACUAUGAGAGGCAAUCUGAUGGCUACGCUGGCCAGAUGGACAGGCUACAACGCGCCUGGCGGUCUAUGGAGGAUAGCUGCGAUCCUUCUCGCAUUGGCGAACCUCAAGAAUCUGCCAUUUGUCUGGCAUCUACGCUUCAUCCGCGCCUUGUUCUAUCAAUUGUACUUCCAACCGACUCCGAUUCCUCCGCAUGCGCUCUUCCAACCGAUCAUAACCUCGACGCGUACCACGUUCCUCGAGACAGAUUACAACAUGCACAAGUCCAACAGCACGUACUUUAGCGACAUGGACAUAUCUCGUACACAUCUCUUCACCGCACUCAUUCGCAACGGUAUAAGAAAGAACAGUCGUCUAGGUGGCGCCAAGAAGAGCGCUGUAGCAGGAGCCAUAGGUGCGACUGAAGGCACACGGGGCAAGCAUUACAUUGCGCUAGGAGGCAUAAGCUGUCUGUUCAAGAAGGAGAUCCUCCCAUACAAGAAGUACGAGAUGUGGACAAGACUUCUGUGCUGGGACAAGAAGUGGUUCUAUCUCGUCACACACAUGGUCAAGCCUGGCGUGGCACAACCAGAGAGCUGGACACUGCAGCCUUGGAAGAAGUCUAAGCCAGCCAAGGAUGUUGACACAGAGAAGCUCAAGGGCGCGAUAUAUGCCACUGCGAUUGCAAAGUAUGUCGUCAAGAGAGGCAGGAUCACGGUGCCACCGGAACAUGUGCUGGUCGAUGCCGAUAUGGUACCUGCAAAGCCAGAAGGCUGGGUCUACCAAGAGGCUGCAACCGAAGAACAAGGGUCGAAUGGCGAUGUCCUGCCCAAGGCUGUAGAGGCGAAGGAUUGGAACUGGGACGUUAUCGAGGCAGAGCGACUAAGGGGCUUGAAGGUGGCCGAGCACUUUGCGGCUAUGGAUGGUAUGCAUGACUUCUUUGAUGGCGGCAAGGAGGGAGUUUUGGGAGAGUUCGCGGAUUUGCUGUACUGA